UUCAUUUUCGUGUCAAGGAAAUCAUCGAGGCCGAAACACAAUUGCAACCAUAACAACACAUCUAGCAGCGCAAGGAUGCAACAGCACCAUCGCUUUUUUCUCGUCGCAUUCGCAGUCCUUGUUUCGACGUUGUCCCAGAACCAAUCCCUGGCCCUCCUGAUUCCGCAACAGCCGCUCUCCCCAACGACGCACGGCAGGGCUGGCCACCGGCUGCAAAUGUCGGCAGCGGCCACCCCUUCGGCCGUUUCCUCGCUCUCGCCCGUUACCGACGCAUCGAACGGCGCGGUGGUGGACGACCUUGCGGAGCGGCUGAAAGGCAAGCGGGUCGCGCUCUAUUUUUCGGCCGGCUGGUGCCCCAUGUGCACUUCCUUCGAACCGGCGCUGGCCUCCUUUCGACAGGCCGCGAGCGACAGCGGCAAGGACGUCGAAAUCGUGUACGUCCCGUCCGAUCGUUCCGACGCCGACGGAUUGGAACGGGCGAGGGCCAUGGGCAUGCUGUGCGUUUCGAAAGAGCGCGCGGCCGACUACAAGAAGGAAUUCAAGAUAUGGGCGGGAUCGGAGACCCUUGCCUUUGGCUUCGGACGACGGUCGGGGGUUCCGGCCCUGGUGGUCCUGGACAACUCGGACGGCAAGGAGCUGGCCUUUCUGCCCGCCGAGUCGCAGGGAGCGAGAUGCCUCGGCGAUUGGCCGCUCGACGACGAGUCAAACGGUGUGUGGUAGUUGCGAUGCAAAGUUUGACAAAGUAGUAAACUACUGCUUCUUGGUCGAACCCAUUUUAAGCAUGGACAAACGGACAUGAAAUACAACGACUUUUGCAUGUUCGAUAGUACAUUUUGUUAGAAACAGAGUGGAUCCCAACAGAUGGACGAAAGCACAUGAUACUAUGAGGAGGGUUCCCAAUUAUUCCAAUCAGCUAGCAUGGUAUCGACGCAGCACGCACUCGUGUUUUAUAGCGCGGGGACUAAUCCCUCGUAAUAGAGACAGCGAGCAAUAGAUUCUUGUCGUCAAAGCGUAGAAUUAAAUGAGGCCACACUACAGAAAUACCUGAUAGGCAGUGUUUUUGUCAAUCCAACACCUUCUGCGUGAAAGCGUCCAACCCAGGUAGACAGGGUAUCACUACAGAUCACUCGAAAAGAUACUAGUAAUGGUCGACGCGAGUGGACAGCAAAGCACAGCAGUCGUAAUAUAGAACAAGUAGUAAUGUUUGUUUGCACUGCAGAUCGCUACUGUUGCCAUAAUUGUACAGACUUCACGACCGGUACGGAGUGAGAAGGUCUCGGAAUGCAACUGGAUGCCAGAUCGAGAAGGAGGAUUGUCCGGCAUUUCUUUCUAGCCAAUUUGCUUUUUCUCGCUACUCUCCCCUCCUUCCUUUCCUUCAAGUGAGCAUUUAUUGCAUUUCUUUCUUUGGUUCGUGAGUCUGAAACACUGCGCGUAAAAGCUGAUCAUGACUUGUAUUUGUUAACUGCUCUUUCCUAUCCGUUCUAUUUUAUUUACAUCGUGGCGGUUUCCUCCCAUUUGUCGCUGUUGUUUUGUUCGUUCGUUCGUUCGUUCGUUAGAUGUAACAACGCUAUUUUGGUGGUUGCUUACUUUGCCGUCGGAAGGCAGGCAUCGGUGCUGGGCAGUUUGCCCGUGAGAAUAGACCUCAUGUAGUGAUAGAUAAUGCUGGCCGAACCAAGUGUCAGUCCCACCACCACACCGGCAUCCAGUAUGCAUCGGGGCACGGCAGGGAGUUUCUUGACCACCGCCACAAUGGCAGCUACGCCAAGGCUCACGCCCCAGCUCACGGCCAGGCGCUUGCGAGUGGCCUGGAACAAGCCCAUGCUGUAGAGGGGAGCAAAGAGGUAGUGCAGCGGAUUGUUCCCCUGUGGUGUUCCAAUGAUCAGGGUAAAGGAUCGCUUGACACAAAGCGGUGCAAACUUUAGGUGGAAUCCUUUGUAUCCUUCCGCAUACGCGAAAAACAGGCAGCUUGCGGCGUACAAGCUGGCAAGCGGAUCAAAAGAUGUUU